AUGUUUAAAGUUUUAUUUUGGAAUGCCAAAGGUGCUGGAAGUGAGAAUUUUCGAUCUGCUAUUGCAGACUUAGUCAAUCUUCACUCUAUUGAUAUUUUAGCUAUUUGUGAACCUCGUGUUCAAUUCAGUAGGGCUAAGGAUACUCUCAGAAAACUUGGUUUUUCUGAUUUUAGAAUUGUGGAAGCUGAGGGCUUUUUUGGUGGUAUUUGGCUCCUGUGGAAUAGUCUUAAAGUUCAUGUUGACUUCAUUGAUAAAAAUUUUCAAUCUGUUUCUGUUAAGGUAACUCUUCCUGGUAAACCCACUUGGAUGCUCACUGUAAUCUAUGCAAGCCCUACCAAUUCUGUUAGAGCUAAUCUGUGGCCUUAUCUUGAUAAUCUUAUUGUUGAUGUUAAUCUUCCUAGCAUGUUCAUUGGUGAUUUUAAUGAGUUGAUUUCCGUUGAGGACAAAAGUUGUGGCUCCCUUACUGGAAGAUUUGGUGGAUUAAGAGAUUGGGUUAACAGGAAUGCCUUGAUUGAUAUGGGGUUCCAAGGGUCUUGUUUCACUUGGAGUAAUAAUAGAAUUAAGGAGAGAUUGGACAGAGGGUUCUCUCUAUUCUAA